UCUCGGCGCUCGCCUGCUCGGGUCUGGCCGGGCCGGCGGCUGUGGCGGCGCGGCGAGAGGGGUCCGGCGCGGUCGGCCGGGCCGGCGGGCGGCAUGGAGGGGCCGCGGGCCGGCGCGGCCGGGGACGUGUCCCUGCACAACUUCAGCGCGCGGCUGUGGGAGCAGUUAGUGCACUUCCACGUCAUGCGGCUGACGGACUCGCUCUUCCUGUGGGUGGGGGCCACGCCGCAGCUGCGCAACCUCGCCGUGGCCAUGUGCACCCGCUACGACUCCAUUCCCGUGUCCACUUCCCUCCUCGGAGACACUUCUGACACGACCUCCACUGGCCUUGCCCAGCGCUUAGCCAGGAAGACCAACAAACAAGUGUUUGUCAGCUAUAACCUUCAAAACACAGACAGCAACUUCGCAUUACUUGUAGAAAAUAGGAUCAAGGAGGAAAUGGAGGCUUUCCCGGAGAAGUUCUAGCUGAGGCGGAACCAAGGAUUUGUAACUUAUGUAUAGUACACAUUUAAAUAAAUGGAUUGAAUUCUA